AUGACACAAUAUAGAAAAGCAUCUUACGUGUAUCAGUAUUCUACUCAGAAUAUUGUUGCUAUAAAUCAUCCACCAAAAAAAAGUAAGAAAGCCAAUGCUGAAAACAGCUUUCCUAUUCUGGCAAUGAAGAUGAAAAAAGCAUGGCUUUGUCAUCUACCUAUAGAAUAUAGUUCUUCAUAUAAACCUAGUUUGUCUAGUUGCGAUUCUUCUAGUUGUUCUAUUACUAAUAUUACAAUUACUAUAGAAACAGGACGGGUAUUACCUUAUGGCCAUAUGUAUCAUAACAUAUGCUUCAGCCAGGAUGGAUCCAAAUGCUUGUAUUGUUUAAAUUACAUCAAGGAUGGUGUUGACAAACAUCCCGAUUCUAUUUCUGAAGAUGAUUACGAUGAUACUAAGAAAUCAGCUGAUGGCAUUUCAGCUCCCUGGAAUGAUACCAUUUCACGAUUUCUUUUACUAUAG